UGAAAUCCAUGUUUUCCCGUGCUCACGUGGAUACUAUUGGCAGUACCCCCCGUGCUGCGUAUCGGAGCUUUUGUCACUUCAUUAUGGGACGCUGCUGAGCACCUAUUUACAAGCAAUCAGGAGACACAUAGUCAAUGCUUCAGUUUUGCAUUUGGUAAAACUUCGCAGCAAAGCAAAUCAUAUUGUUUUUGGGAAGGUAUGCCUUUCUAGUUUGACGAAGGAGGCUGGAACAAGAUGAAACGGGAACGGUCAAAUUGUCAGAGCUUCAUCCCCUCAGAGGGCAGAAACAAGAGACUGAAGAGUGCUAAUCCAACUGACAUCAAAGCAAGUUCCUCCACAUCACAGAAGCCCACUGAAGAAACAUGGGCCAACCUGCCGCACCAUGUCGUCUUGCAUAUAUUCCAGUACCUGUCUCUGGUAGACCGGGCUCGAGCCUCGUCUGUGUGUUGCCGAUGGAACGAUGUCUUUCACAUCCCAGACCUGUGGAGGAGAUUUGAAUUUGAGCUGAACCAGCCAGCUACAUCUUACCUGAGGUCUACGCACCCAGAUCUCAUCCAGCAAAUCAUCAAAAGACAUGCUCAGCACCUGCAGUACGUGAGCUUCAAGGUUGACAGCUGCACAGAAUCUGCUGAAGCUGCCUGCAACAUUCUCUCACAGCUGGUGAACUGCACCAUUAAAACACUGGGUUUGAUUUCCACAGCACGACCAAGCUUCAUGGACGUGUCCCAGUCACACUUCGUGUCGGCUAUGAGUGUGGUGUUUGUAAAUUCCAAGUCGCUGUCCUCUGUUAAAAUUGAUGACACACCGGUUGAUGACCCUUCCCUGAAGGUACUAGUGGCCAACAACAGUGACACGCUCAAGCUGUUGAAGAUGAGUAACUGUCCACAUGUGUCUCCUGCAGGCAUCCUCUGUGUGGCUGAUCAGUGUCACGGCCUGCGGGAACUGGCCCUUAACUACCACCUGCUGAGUGACAAACUACUGCUUGCCCUCUCCUCAGAGAAACACGUACACCUAGAACACCUGCGCAUCGACGUGGUGAGUGAGAACCCGGGCCAGAGCCAGUUCCACACCAUCAGAAAGAGCAGCUGGGAUGCCCUUAUCCGCCACUCGCCCCAGGUCAACAUCGUCAUGUACUUUUUCCUGUAUGAGGAGGAGUUCGAGCACUUCUUUCGCGAGGAGACGCCCGUCACACACUUGUACUUCAGUCGAGCUGUCAGUAAAGACAUGCUGGGGCGUAUCGGACUAAACUGCCCACAUCUCAUGGAGCUGGUGGUGUGCGCGAAUGGGCUAGAGCCACUAGACGAAGAGUUGAUCCGUAUUGCAGAUCGAUGCAAGAGCCUCACAGCCAUUGGUCUCGGCGAGUGUGAGGUGACCUGCAGCGGUUUCAUGGAGUUUGUGAAGAUGUGUGGCGGCCGCCUGAGUCAGUUGUCCAUCAUGGAGGAAGUGCUCAUUCCAGACAACACAUAUAACAUUGAGCAGAUCCACAGUGAGGUCUCUAAACAUCUGGGCCGGAUUUGGUUCCCUGAUAUGAUGCCCACAUGGUAGAGUUGCAAAUCUGCCCUGCAUAUACCUAAUGUUAAAAUGCAGACAGUGUGCACGUUUUGUCACGUUUUUUGUGCUUCAUGAUUGCAUUUACAACAGAUGCACAGUAGAUGCACUUGUCGUCAAAAUAUUUAGAUAUCCAAUCUAGUCUACAAGCUGUCUGCAUUUGGCAAGCAUGGCAGCCAUUAGACAGAAUUGGGUAAUUUAAAUAUAUCAUAGGAAGCAAAACAUCUGACUGCACAUCUGGAAAAUCAUUUGGUGCAGACAUGCUGUCUGGUGGUGUGUAAAACAUGAUUUGCGAUUGGAUCUCAGAGAUGGGAUUUUAAUGAGAGGUGUUUACAGUUCCACACAAUUGCGCACAACACACGAAAACCAAUUCUUUUUGUGAAAUUCACUGGCGAAUACAUGUAACAAUCGCACUAUGGACUUGUUAAAGAAAAUAUUCUGGGUUCAAUAGAAGUUAAGCUCAAUCGACAGCAUUUGUGGCAUAAUGUUGAUUACCACAAAAAUGUAUUUGACUUGCCCCUCCUUUAAAAAAAAAAAAAAAAAAUCUGGGUUACAUUGAGGCACUUACAAUGAAAGUGAAUGGGGACCAAUUUGUUUUAUGUUAAAAUACUCACAUUUUCAAAAGUAUAGCCACAAGACAUAAACAAUAUGCGUGUUAACAUGAUUUUAGUGUGAUGAAAUCACUUACUAACCUUUUCUGUGUAAAGUUAUAAUAGCCAAUUUUACAACUUCGUUGAUGACGAUUUAAUGUCAACAAACCCUAAACAUGACUGUAAAAAAGACCAUUUAAACCACUUUACACCUCAAAUAAUACAAAAGUUUUAACAAGAAUUCAUUUGAGCUUUUAUAAAAUUAUAAGCUUCACAUUUCUGCUUUUAAACCCUCCAAAAAUGUCCCCCCAUUCACUUCCAUUUGUACGUGCCUCACUUUAACUACACUAUUUUAUUUUGUAUUUUUUUUGUGUUUUUUUUCAAAGAAAAAGAGGGACAAGUCGAAAUUCAUUAUUGUGGUAAUCAACAUUAUGCCACAAAUGCUGUCUAUUUAGCUUAACUUGUAUUGAACCCGGAAUAUUCCUUUAAGUUGCUUAUACUGUAUUUUCUGACUAAACCUUUCUGCUAUGGCCUGACCAUAAUGUUAUAAGCUACAAGUGAAUACCUGAAAAGGAAGGCACCUUCCAUAGACCAUAGCAGAAAGGUUUUAUAUAUAUAUAUAUAUAUAUAUAUAUAAAAAAAUAUGUAAAAAUACAUUCUAUAAAUAUUUAAAAAUAUUUAUCAGUGACAAAUGCCAGCAAGUAAUAAUAAUAUACCAAAAAUAGUAUAAAACAGUUGGCUUAUUAUGUCUGU